CGUGCAUGCUUGAAAGACUUUCCAGCUCUCAUGCUGCGCUCUUCACUCUCACUAUCACCAUCACACCUCACACGCGCAGCAGAGUCCGCUAAGCGAGUCCCGUUUGUUCGUCAUGUCUGUCGACAUCAAACGGUAUAUUUCCCACGAUACUGCUGUCGCAGAACCCAACACUAACCCACUCAAGGCUGCUGCCGGUCACCACCACAGCGCAUUUUCCCUACACACCCGCAGCCAGCCGCCAGCCGCCGCGAUGAACAACAACUUCAAUCCAUGGGCGCAACCGUUCACGCCGAACUAUGGCUACCCAGGGCAGCCCUACGACCAAAAUCGCAACCGCAGCCAGCAGACGCCUGCCCAAGGCUACAUGCCACCUGCAUCCGUGGCAAACGCUCAGUGGAGCGCACGUUACGGGCAGCCACAACACUACUAUCCGAACAGCCCGCAGCCGUACAACGCCGCCGCCGCGCAGCAACAGGUGCAAGCACAGGCAUACUACUAUCAGUGGGCGCAAUACUAUGGCUACUCGCAGGGUUUCACACCGAUCAAUCCCCCACAGCAGGCACUUGGACAGACGCCCCAGCGGAAUUAUCCGUUUUUCGCGCCAUCAUUCGCUGCCCUGCAGUCGCAGCCUGACUUGCAGGGCCUCUCAAACGAUGACAUACAGGCAUCGACUCCUCUCUCUGACGACGACUCUAGUCAGAUCGUCAAAGAUGGCCUAACGAAGGCGAAAGAAGUGUCAAAAGCAAUCCCUACUACCAAGCCAACCGGAAGAAGCCGAGAAGCCAAAAUCAUGUUGCCUGCACCGACGCCCGGCGCAGCCUACAUGGCACAGGCGGCAGAAGAACCCUCCACUGUUGAAGUGUCCGGCCGUAUACUCGUCAUUCUGGAUCUAAACGGCACCCUUCUGUACCGGCCGACCAAGAACAAAAGGACGAUGAUCGCACGACCCUUCCUGAUACCUUUCUUGCGAUACUUGUUCUCGAACUUCGCCGUUAUGGUGUGGUCAAGCGCUCGUCCUGAGAACGUUGCUUCCCUUGUGGAGCAGUCACUGGAAGAGAAUUUGAGGAAGACUUUAGUGGCCCAGUGGGCCCGUGACAACUUCAACCUCAAGCCCGAGUUCUAUAACAGGAAUGUACAAGUGUACAAGAACCUCAAUUUGGUCUGGGGUAAGGAUGAGAUUCAGAGGCAACACCCGGACUAUCAGACUGGAGGACGAUUUGGGCAACAUAACACGGUCCUGAUUGACGAUUCCAUGCUCAAGGCAGCUGCACAACCACACAACUUGCUCCAGAUCAGCGAGUUCACCGCCACGUCAGAACAGAUGCGGGAGGAUAAGCUGCUAGAGGUCGCAGGCUACCUGGAGGGGCUGCGAUCACAACAGGAUGUUUCCAAGUUCAUGAGAAAGGAGCCUUUCCAGCACGACUCCGGCAAGUGGGCGUACGAGUGGCCAGAAGCAGACGCUCUUACGCAGGGGACCACAUACAAGGGUGGCGAACUGCAAGACAAGGUGUCUAUGCAAAGUCCGUCUAAGAAAAAGAAGAAGAACAAAAAGGCAAAGAAGCGUGAGGCAGCUGAGCAGGCUGGGCAUGCAGAUGGAAAUGGCCAAGCUGCCCAGUAUGUGGACAGUGGAAGUGAGGAGGAAGUCGGGCAGAGUGACGGUGGUGUGAAACUUUUUUGAUUCUGGGGCCGUCAUUUCGAGGCUCUGGGUCGGAUCAGACGGUGGGUUUUUGCACAAUGUGCUGAACAGCCAAUAAUUUUGAGAAGCAUCUUACAGAGUAAGGUGUGUGCAUAUCGACCACCAGAGAUACCCACAAACGACAUUCUGUUGAACUUUUUACCAAUGUUCAAAACUUCACCGUCAAGAACUGGUCUCUCAUUAGCCAUAGGAGUGUUUCAUGUCUGAUUUGCAGAAGUCAUCACUUUGGUACCAAACUCAAUAUCUAUUCGGACCAAACUCUAGCAUCUUAGUAGUCUAGUCAAUACGCGAAGUAUGCGAUA